GUUCCAAGCCUCGUUUGCAGUUUUGCCCACUUGGAGAUUGGUAUCUGAUUGAGCAGUGGGCUUGGAGGAAAGUCGCGAAAUAUUAUUGGUCCCCUAUUGGCUAUAUUAGAGCCAGGAACUUCCUACGUAGCCAAGAAAGAAUGGAGGAAUAUGUGCGGGAGCCAUGCCCCUGGAGAAUUGUUGAUGACUGUGGUGGAGCUUUCACCAUGGGUAUUAUUGGAGGUGGGGUCUUCCAAGCAGUGAAGGGCUUCAGAAAUGCUCCAGUGGGGUUCAGUCAUCGUCUGCAUGGUAGCAUGAGUGCUGUGAGGAUCCGAGCUCCACAAAUUGGAGGCAGCUUCGCCGUAUGGGGUGGUCUUUUCUCCACCAUUGAUUGUGGAUUAGUUCGAGUCAGAGGGAAAGAAGAUCCCUGGAACUCAAUCACCAGUGGAGCUCUGACAGGGGCAGUACUGGCAUCCAGAAGUGGUCCUUUGGCAAUGGUGGGCUCUGCUCUUAUGGGUGGAAUCCUUUUGGCUCUUAUAGAGGGUGUUGGAAUCCUCCUUACUCGUUAUACGGCACAGCAGUUCCAGAAUCCCAGUCCUUUUGGAGAGGAUCCAAGUCAUGUGCCACAUUGAUGCAAUGGACCACACCUUAAAGGAGGUACCUCCCAAUCAGCUCACUCUGGAAGAAACAACCAUCUCUGUGCUCUAAUAGAACUUAUUUUCCAAUAAACUAGAUGUUGCUACAAA